AUGACAACAUGUGACUCCUCUCUUAAGCCAGUUGUAGGACAGAGAUUUGAAAGUUUAGAAAAUGGAAUUAAAUUUUAUAUAAAGUAUGCUUCAGCAGCUGGUUUUGAUGUACGCCGCAGUACAGAAAUAAAGAACAAAUAUGGUGUUACCAUUAAAAAGUAUUUGGUUUGUUCCCGGGAAGGAUAUAAGGAGGCUAAAGAUACAGAUCUAAUGGAAAGUGGAGCACCAACACACCCCAAACGUCGACGUACUUCUAACAGAGUGGGAUGCAUUGCUAAGAUAAUUUUCAGACUAAAUGUGGAGGUGUACGAAGUGGUGUCAUUCGAAGAAAGGCACACACACGAUUUAUGCGGGGACAAUUACAAACCGUUCAUGAAAGUGAAUCGGAAACUAGACAUUGGGCAUCAGCACUUCAUUGCAAACUGUGCUAAAGCUAACAUUGGGCCUAGUAAGACUUUCAACCUAUAUGCAGAAAUGGUGGGAGGAACCUACAAAGUGGGUGCUACGCAACAAGAUUUCAAAAACUACAAGAGAGAAAUUUUGGCAUACAUGAAGGGUGGGGAUGCGCAGAUGGUUCUAACCAACUACCUUGAAAAGAAGUCAGACUGCGAUGAUUUCUACUUUGAAUAUGAGGUGAAUGAAAAGGAUCAAUUGAGCCGUGUGUUUUGGGCCGAUGGUGUUGCAAGAAAACAGUUUAGCUUAUUCGGAGAAGCCAUGGCGUUUGACGCGACAUACCAAACGAACAAGUACAAGCUAGUGUUUGUUCCAUUUACCGGCGUAGACCACCAUAAGAGAUGUGUUACAUUCGCUGCGGGAUUGAUUGCUAGCGAAGAUGAGGAGUCUUACCGUUGGCUUUUAAUCAACUUCAAAAAAGCAAUGGGGAGAACCCCACCAAUAACAAUCACCGAUCAAGACCCAGCCAUGAAAGUUGCCAUUGCUAUGGAGUUUCCCGAGACCCGUCAUCGUUUCUGCAUGUGGCAUAUAAUGACUAAAGUUGGGGACAAAGUAGGAGCCGAAAUGGCAAAGAAUACUGAAUUUCGCCGCGCGCUAAACAGUGUUGUGUGGAAUGAAAAUUGUAUGCCUGAAGAUUUUGAGAAUGGUUGGAAUGGUGUUGUGCAUAAAUAUGGGCUACAAGAUAAUGGAUGGUUGAAGCUUAUGUAUGAGCAACGUGAAUCAUGGAUACCUGCGUAUUUCCAAGUUAUGUUUAUGGGAGGGCUGUUGCGAACAACUUCUCGUUCGGAAUCCGAGAACAGUGUUUUCCGAAGUAAUACUAGUAAACAUAUGUGUCUUGUGGAAUUUUUCUAUCAGUUUGAGCGCACAAUCAAUAGGCAACGAAGUAAACAAGCUGAAUUAGAUGCCGCUUGCAAUGGCCACCUUCCUACCCUAAAGACACCGUUGAGUGUUGAGCGUGAGGCAGCGUCAAUAUACACAUUGGCAAUUUUUUACCAGUUGUAG